AUGACGGACCCCUACGAGCCCAACGACGUGCAAGUCCCAGAGACAUCUUCUCCCUCCAAACCGCUGCAACAGGACCCUUCAUCCUCACCGCUGAAACCAUUGCAACCGCCGCCAUCGGCUACUUUGCGUGACAAGUUCACAUACAGUCCUAACACAACGCAACCAGCAUCCAAUAACAACAGCAACGCCUCCUCCUCUCUUGCAGGCCAGGAGUCGGCCCUCGCAAACCUCACCGCUGCAUUCCCGGACUUCUCCCAGACACUGAUCCUCGCAGUGCUCAAGUCCAACUCAUAUAACCUAGAUCUCGUCACCCAGAGACUUAACAGGAUCAAACAGCAACGAGAAAAUUGGAAGGCCACUCCAACAACAAGCUCUCUGGCCACGAGACUUGGGUCAUUGAAGUCCAAACCGAAGGCUCCCGCUUCGUCCAAGAUCGUUGUGGAUAAGCAGAAAGGAUCCAUAUAUGAUAGGUAUUCCUCUGUCAUUAAGGCCCAAACACAUUUAGAAUAUGACCCUGGUUUGUUGAAGAAGGUCCAGGAGGGCGAUAGGAGGAAGUUUAAACGAUUAGUCAGGGAGAAUGACAUGACUUUGAUUGAUGAUCCGAGGAAGAAGGUUAAGGGUAAUGGGAAUAGUAAUUCCGCUUUAGAAAAGGCCCUUUUUGCCCUGAGUCAGAGAAAGAAAGAGGAGAAAUUGCAGAGGAAGAACAAGAAGAAUGUAUUGACUUUGGCUGACGAUGAAGACGAGGAAGACGAAGAAGAGGAUGAACAAUUGAGUGUGGAAGAAUUUAGUGGGGAUGAAUAUGAAGAAAGAGCCACUUUGAAAAAUAUUGAUGAUCAAGUGUUAAAGUUUAUUAAUGAAUCUGAUGUGUUAGAUUUGACCGAUUUGGCUGAUACCACGUUCAAGAAGGCAGAAAUUAUUGUUUCCAGGAGACCGUUCCAAUCGUUAGAUCAAUUCUUACAGAGUGAAUUUAUUUCUGAGGAAGAGGCCAAGAAGACAACGAAAAAGACUAAGGGAAGAGGUCAUAACAGUCAGAAAAAUGAGAGUGAAAGAUUACUGGAAAGAAUUACAUUGGCAAUUAGAGGUUAUAACGCCAUUGAUUCGUUAAUUAAGAAAUGUUCCUCGUAUGGUAAACUGAUUGAAUCGCAAAUGGCUAAAUGGGGGAUCACUAUGGAUGAUAUUACAAAUAACAAUGAAUUGGAUGUCAUGGAAGAGGAUGGUAAUUUAGCUGUAGUGGAAGAAUUUGAUGAAAAUGAAGUAAGUGCCACUGCAACGCCCGUUCCUAUAGAUUUGACAUCACAGGAUGAUCAUGACAGUGAUAGUGAUUUUGAAGAUGAAGAUGAAGAAUAUGAUGAUGACGAUGAUGAAGAUGAAGAUGCCGUGGUCAUGCCUAAAAGGAAACCAAAACUUAUUACUCCCCCUGAAAAGAGAUCCGGUAAUAUUAAGUAUUUUAAGGGUAAACCAAAAUUGUUAGAUUCCGAAGUUACAUUGAAAGAUUAUCAACAAACUGGUAUUAAUUGGCUGAAUCUAUUAUAUCACAACCAAAUGUCAUGUAUCCUAGCAGAUGAUAUGGGGUUAGGUAAGACAUGUCAAGUCAUUUCAUUUUUUGCCUAUUUAAAACAAAUUAAUGAACCUGGUCCUCAUUUAGUGGUCGUCCCCUCCUCCACUUUAGAAAAUUGGUUGAGAGAAUUUCAAAAAUUCUGCCCCACUUUAAAAAUUGAGCCAUACUAUGGUUCACAAAAUGAAAGAGCAGAUUUACGUGAAAUAUUGGAAAGAACCGCUGGGCAAUAUGAUGUGAUAGUCACAACUUAUAAUUUAGCGGCCGGGAAUAAAUAUGAUGUUUCCUUCUUAAGAAAUCGCCAAUUUAAUGUGGUGGUCUACGAUGAAGGGCAUAUGUUGAAGAACUCUAUGUCUGAAAGAUUCAACAAAUUGAUGAGAAUUCAAGGUAAUUUCCGAUUAUUAUUGACAGGUACUCCACUACAGAAUAAUUUAAGAGAAUUGAUGUCAUUAUUAGAAUUUAUUAUGCCUGCCCUUUUCAUUUCCAAGAAAGAAUCACUUGCCUCUGUGUUCAAACAACGUGCUAAGACUACCGAUGAUAAUAAAGGACAUAAUCCAUUGUUGGUGCAGGAAGCCAUUGAAAGGGCCAAGACGAUGAUGAAACCAUUUAUUUUAAGAAGACGUAAGGAUCAAGUGUUAAAGCAUUUACCUGCAAAGCACCACAAGAUUGAAUAUUGUAUAAUGCAAGAUCUUCAAAGAAAGAUUUAUGAUAGUGAAAUUAAGACAGUGAUGGAACACAAAAAAAUGAUUCUUGAUGGAACAUUGCCAGAUGAUCCCAAGGAAAGGGCCAAGAUACAAUCUUCAAGUUCUUCUAAUUUGAUAAUGACCUUAAGAAAGGCUGCAUUGCACCCAUUAUUAUUCAGAACAAUUUAUAAUGAUGCUCUAAUAGCCAAAAUGAGUAAGGCGAUCAUUAAUGAACCACAAUACAAGGUGGACGGUAACAUAGAGUUCAUUAAGGAAGAUAUGAGCGUUAUGACAGAUUUUGAAUUGCAUAGAUUAUGUCUCAAUUUCCCCAAUACACUUUCACGUUAUCAAUUGAAAAACAAAGAAUGGAUGAAUUCUGGGAAAGUGGAUACUCUUUGCCGACUCUUAAAGGAAAUAAUCUUUGAACGAAAGGAAAAAGUCUUGAUAUUUUCUCUUUUCACUCAAGUUCUUGACAUUUUGGAAUUGGUACUGUCCGAGUUGAAUUACAAGUUCUUGAGACUAGAUGGGUCCACGCAGGUUAACGAUAGACAAUCCUUAAUCGAUAAAUUCUACGAGGAUGAUACAAUCCCAAUCUUUAUUCUGUCUACCAAGGCAGGUGGAUUUGGUAUCAAUUUAGUUUGUGCAAAUAAUGUUAUCAUUUUUGAUCAAAGUUUCAAUCCGCAUGAUGAUAGACAAGCCGCAGAUAGAGCGCAUCGUGUGGGUCAAACCAAAGAGGUAAAUAUCACCACACUAAUCACUAAGGAUUCCAUCGAGGAGAAGAUAUUCCAGUUAGCAAAGAACAAGCUGGCCCUGGAUUCGCACAUCAGCGAAGAUGACGGUAAGAAGGCAGACGACGCCCUGGAGGACAAGGUGAGCGACAUAUUGGAGGGCAUCCUGUACAAGGAGAACGAGACGAAGGUGGAAUGA